AUGUUUUUGGUGUUGGGUGGCAUGAUGGACAACAUCACUUUUGAUGCCUGGCCACAACCAGAAAAACGUUCGAUUCUGAAAGUUAUGAUUUUGGAUAAAAACGAUAGUCCACCAGUGUUCCGUGAUUUACCACUGUCAUUCAAUGUUAGUGAAGAUUUGACAGCUGGUCACUUGAUUGCCACCAUACGUGCCUGGGAUCCCGACACUUUGGGCUCUUUGACAUUUUCUCUAAUGGGUGGUGAUAAUGGAAAGUUUUUGCUGGAACCCGAUACGGGAAAACUACGCCUGAAAGAUACCUUGGAUCGUGAGAUAAAGGAUAAUUAUAAGCUACGUGUUCGUGUCAGUGAUGGGGUGCAGCAUACCGAGACAAUUGCUGAAAUUGAGGUGACCGACACGAAUGACAAUCCACCGGCAUUUGAUGUGCCCGUUUAUUCAUUUGAUAUACCGGAGAACGCCCCACGUGGUUAUCAGGUUGGCAUCAUAACUGCCACAGAUCCAGAUUUGGGCAACAAUGCUGUGGUUACAUACACCGUCAUCUCGGAAUGGGCCAAUGAUGUGUUCACUUUGAAUCCCCAAACAGGCGUUUUGACGUUGACAGCCCGUUUGGAUUAUGAAGAGGUACAACACUACAUUCUGGUGGUACAGGCCCAAGAUAAUGGCCAACCCAGUCUUUCGAAUGCCCUGACGGUGUAUUGUAAUGUUGUGGAUCUCAACGAUAAUCCGCCAGUUUUUGAUCCCAUAAGCUAUUCAAUGGAGAUUUAUGAGAAUGUUUCAAUUGGAACACCUGUUGUGACGGUGAUGGCCACAGAUAUUGAUUCAGGUGAUAACGGUCGUAUCGAGUACACCAUUACAUCGGGCGAUGAUAAUAAUGAUUUUGAAAUAUUUUCAAACGGUACCAUACGUACCAAACGCAUGCUGGAUCGUGAAACAAAAAGUUCGUACAAUUUAAUUGUAACCGCAAGAGAUUGUGCCAAAGAAUUUCCUAUGAUGUACGACGAUCAAUUUACCAAUGAUGAUGACGAUGACGCCUCAAACGAUGACUACGAUGGAGAAACACCACACUAUCAACGACUAAGGCAACAGUCGCAUCAACAUACGCAACAACAACAUCCGUCAUUGCCAUACAAUUUGCCACGUCAACGUCGGCAAUAUUUGCAAUACCAGCAGCAACAACAGCAAUUGCUACAGAACCAGCAGCAUUUGACUGGUUUAGGCUCAGAACCGCAACAACGCUUAUCGUCCACUGUACAGGUCACCAUAAUUCUCAAGGAUGUCAACGAUGAAGCCCCAGUGUUUGUUAGCUCAAACUAUACAGAAGUUCUCGAGAAUAUACCCCUAAAUACGGUGGUGAUGGUAGUGAAAGCUGUGGAUCGGGAUGAAGGCAAAAAUGGUUAUAUUGAAUAUGUUUUGGAUGAAGAAACACAAAUGCCCUUUACCCUGGGACCAGUCGAUGGCCUGUUGAGGGUUUCCGGCCAGCUGGAUCGCGAAGCUCAAACAUUUUAUAUACUCAAUGUGACAGCCCGAGAUCGUGGUGAACCUCCAAAAACCACCAAAAGUCAAAUCUAUGUAAAAAUACUCGAUGAGAAUGAUAAUGCUCCCAUAUUCGAUCCCAAACAAUAUACUGCCUCUGUGGCAGAAAAUGCCAGCAUAGGGGCCAUGGUGUUGCAAGUUUCAGCCACCGAUAUCGAUGAUGGAGCUAAUGGACGUGUUCGCUUCUCCAUUGUGGCCGGAGAUGAUAAUCGUGAUUUUAUGAUCAGCGAAGACUCGGGCAUUGUGAGGGUUUCGAAGAAUCUAAACUAUGAAAGGAAAUCUCGUUAUGUAUUAUCCAUAAAGGCUGAAGAUUCUGCUGCCGAUUUGGGUUUAGCCUAUGGCAAUGAGAAAAGCCGUCAUAAGAUCAUGCAUCAUUUUGAGAAUCGUUAUGAUUUGGCCGAAUUGACUAUAGUCAUAACCGACAUCAAUGACAAUCCACCAACAUUUUUGGACUCACCCUACAUAGCCUAUGUGAUGGAGAAUGUGGUGCCACCCAAUAGUGGCUAUGUGUUAUCGGUGCAGGCCUAUGAUGCUGAUACGCCACCUUUCAAUUCACUGGUGCGAUAUUUUCUCAAAGAAGGCGAUACAGAUCUAUUUCGCAUGAACGCUUCGACUGGUGAAAUAUCUCUGCUGCGUUCAUUGGAUCGUGAAGCCAAAUCGGAGUACACUUUGACUCUGGUUGCCAUGGAUACGGGUUCUCCACCUUUAACUGGCACCGGAGUGGUCAAGGUUAUUGUCCAGGAUAUGAACGACCAUAGCCCCGAGUUCGAACGUCAAUCAUAUCAUGCCAGCAUACAAGAAAAUCUUCCAAUUGGCAGCAAGGUUAUACAGCCCCAUGCCUUUGACAAGGACUCUGGACUCAAUGCAAAAAUACGCUUCACUCUGUUGGGUGAAAAACUGGAAAGAUUCCAUUGCAAUGCUGAGACUGCUGAAAUAACAACAGCCUAUAUUUUGGAUCGCGAAGAGACUUCCAUAUACUAUCUGACUCUAAUGGCACAAGAUAGUUCGGCUACCGAGCCUAGGGCUACAGCAGUGAAUCUGACCAUAACUGUAACAGAUGUCAACGAUAACAUGCCUAGAUUUGAGAGUAAUCAAUUCCAAGUGAAUAUACCCGACAAAACGGAUGUCAAUGAAUUUGUAUUCGGAGCCUGGGCGCGUGACAAUGAUGAGGGCGACAAUGCUUUGGUGAUGUACAACAUCAGUGGCAAAGAUUUGCAAUAUUUCCAAAUCAAUGCCAAGACUGGAGUAAUAAAAACCCAACGAGCUUUGGGUGCGGAUCUCAAUAGGCAGUACUCGCUGGUUAUACAUGCCUACGACCAAGGUGUGCCAGCAAAAUCUUCCCAAGCAGAAUUGGUUAUCGCCUUAAAAUCUGCUUCAGCCUUUCCCACAUUCAACUACAUGGCCAACACUCAGUUUAUGCUCUCGGAGGAUGUAAUGCCGGGCAAGCGUAUAACCACCAUUAUGGCUUCUUCACCAAAAAAGGGAGCUGCUGGUAAUAUCAGAUAUUCCAUAGCUGGUGGCAAUUUGGGAGAAGCUGUGCGCAUUGAUCCCUCCAAUGGUGUGGUAACCAUAGGCAAGGACGGUUUGGAUUAUGAGUUGGCCUCGCAAUAUGAAAUUUGGUUAGAGGCCUUGGACUCCGACAGAAUUCCUCUGCGCAGCGUCAUAUUAUUGACCAUCAAUGUAACCGAUGCCAAUGAUAAUGCUCCAGUAAUGGAAAAAUUAAUCUACAACAGUCAGAUAAUGGAGGAAGAAGCCCCACCUCAGACAAUUGUCAAGAUAAAGGCCCAUGAUCGUGACUCCGGAGACAAUGGCGAGAUUUCUUACCGCCUGCUCAACGACUAUGAUGGAAUAUUUGAGAUUGAUAGCGAUUCGGGAGAAAUUUUCACCACCAUGCGUCUGGAUCGUGAGGAGCUGAGCCAUUACGAGCUGACAGUGGAGGCGGUAGAUCAGGGCAUGCCUCAAAUGACUGGCACUGCCACAGUGCUACUCAACCUAAUGGAUAAGAAUGACAAUCCUCCCAAAUUUACACGCCUAUUUUCGGUAAAUGUCACCGAAAAUGCCGAGAUUGGCAGUUUUGUUAUACAGGUCACCUCCAUGGAUUUGGAUGAGGGUGUAAACGCCAAUGCUUUGUAUAGCUUGACCGAAAAUCCUGGUGAAAAAUUCAAACUGGACUCCCUGAGCGGCAAUAUAACGGUGGCCGGUCAUAUAGACCGCGAGGAACAGGAUGAGUACAUAUUGAAGAUCACCGCCUCGGAUGGAGCCUGGCGAUCCGAUACUCCCAUAACCAUAACCAUACAAGAUCAAAAUGAUAAUGCCCCUGAGUUUGAUCACACCUUCUAUAGCUUUAAUUUCCCUGAGCUGCAGAGAUCAGUGGCUUUUGUGGGCCAGGUGGUGGCCAACGAUAGGGACAAGCAUGGUCCCAAUUCGGUUAUUUCAUAUUCGCUGCAGCAACCCUCCGAUGUUUUCACCAUAGAUCCCGCCACAGGGGAGAUAUUCAGCAAAAAGUCCAUCAAAUACAAACACUCCCAAUAUGAGGCCUCGCCGGAGAAUGUCUACACUUUGAUAGUCAUUGCCACGGAUAAUGGCAAGCCGCCUUUGUAUUCGGAAUGCAUGGUGAACAUCAAUAUAGUCGAUGCUAAUAACCAUGCGCCGAAAUUCGAAAAAUCCCUAUAUCUCUCCCCGGUGCCGGAGCAUGCCCGUGUGGGCCAGAGAGUGGUGAAAGUGCAGGCCCAUGACUCCUUGGAUACUGGAGUAAAUGCUGAGAUACACUACUCCUUCUCCGAGGGCAAUGGCACUGGCUACUUUGCCAUUGGCACUCAUGAUGGUUGGAUUUCCUUGGCAAAAUCACUGGAGGUUUCCCCCAACACCCAAUUUUCUCUGCUGGUAAAGGCUGCCGAUCAUGGAGUACCCUCAAAAGCGGAUGAGGCUAAAGUAACCAUUAUUGUGACAGGUGAGAACUACUAUACGCCAGAGUUCUUGCCACAAAGCUAUCAAGUCAUAGUGCCCGAAAAUGAGCCCAUUGGCUCCACUAUACUUACACUAACGGCCAAUGAUCGCGACGAAGGACCCAAUGGUAUGCUACGCUAUGCCAUUGCUGGCGGCAAUGAGAGAUCAGAAUUCCGCAUAGAUGCAGAGACGGGAGCCGUCAUCAUUCAAGAACCCUUGGACUAUGACACCAUACAGGAAUAUCAUUUGAAUAUUUCUGUGCAGGAUUUGGGUUUUAAACCCAAAACCGGCAUGGCCCAGUUGACGGUUAUUCUCACGGAUAUCAAUGACAACCCUCCUUUGUUCAAUCAAUCCCAAUAUCAUGCUUUCAUUGCGGAAAAUAAGCCACCCCAAUCGUAUGUCUUCAAGGCCAUGGCCAAGGACAAGGAUUCGCCCAAGAAUGCCAUCAUACAUUACUCCAUAAAUGGGGGCCCCGACAAGGCCUACUUUAACAUACAUCCUUCCACUGGCAUUAUAACGUCGGCGGUGCGUUUCGACUAUGAGGAAAAGCAGGAGUAUGUGCUACAGAUAAUGGCUGCCAAUCCGGAUUCGCAAAUGCACAGCAUGUGCCGCGUUUUGGUUCACAUCAAGGGAGUCAAUGAAUUCUUUCCCCAGUUCAUACAGCCGGUCUUUCACUUUGAUGUCUCUGAAUCGGCAGAGGUGGGCACUGCUGUGGGCUCCAUACAGGCCACCGACAAGGAUGCUGGUGAAGAUGGCGAUGUCUACUAUCUGCUGGUGGGUGCAAGCAAUGGCAAAGGUUUCUCCAUUAAUCCCAAUACCGGUUUUAUCUAUGUUUCGCGCCACUUGGAUCGCGAGACCCAGAGUCGAGUGGUCUUGACUGUGUUGGCCAAAAACUAUGGCAGCAUACGUGGCAAUGAUACCGAUGAGGCCCAGGUCAUCAUUUCCAUACAAGAUGGCAACGAUCCACCAGAAUUUUUGAAAUCUCUCUACACAGCCAGUGUAUCGGAAAUUGUGCCCAUGGGCACCAAAAUUACCACCGUUAAGGCCGUGGACAAAGAUGUGCGUCCUCAAAACAAUCAAUUUAGCUACUCGAUAAUCAAUGGCAAUGUGAAUCAAACCUUCAAAGUUGAUCCUCAGACGGGAGAAAUUGAAACCACACGCAAAUUGGAUCGUGAACAAAUACCGGAAUAUAACUUAGUGGUGGGUGCCAUUGAUACGGGACUGCCUGCCCAAACGGGCACCACUUUGGUGAAAAUUGAGUUGUUAGAUGUCAAUGACAAUGGACCUACCUUCCCCGCCGAUGGUCUGGUGGGUUACAUACAGGAGAAUGAGCCGGCUGGCAGCACCAUUAUGACUCUAAGUGCCACCGAUCCUGAUCUGCCACCCAAUGGAGGACCUUUCACCUAUCAACUGAUCGGAGGUAAGCACAAGUCCUUCAUAACCAUAGACAAACAUUCGGGUUUGGUGAAGUCGACACGCAGUUUCGAUCGUGAACAGACACCCGAGCUGGAAGCUCUUAUCGAGGUCGAGGAUAAUGGCCAGCCCAGGCAAAAGGCCCAACAUAAACUGCUCAUUAAGGUUUUGGAUCAGAAUGAUAGUCCUUCCUCUUCACGCACUGUGCAUGUCAUUCUAAAUGUCUUCAAUGAUGACAUACCCCUGGGCAAAAUAGCCGAUGUCCAUCCUAAUGAUGCUGAUAUCAGUGGAAAUUACAGAUGCCGCAUUAUACCCAAUACACAAUCAAGCCCCAUGGGCUUGUUGACCAUACCCAGUGGCUGUGAUUUGCAUACCACUUAUCAGACCUCAAUAAACAAUGGUUACUCCUAUUCCAUAUCGGGCAAUGAUGGCAAGCAUGGUGAUGUGGUUUCCACGGUGACAGUGGGCUUUCAGAGUUUCGAUAACAGCACCAUUGCCAAUUCGAUAACGGUGUUGGUGCGCAAUAUGACUGCCGAUAGCUUUCUGGCCUCCUAUUACAGGCAAUUUGUGGAGGUAAUGAAAUCCGCGGUGGAUUCCAGUGAUGAGCUUAUGGUAUACAGUGUACGCAAUACCACCCGAAAUUCUACGGAUCUGGAGAUUUUGGUUGCUCUACAAAUGUCAAAUAAAGGCUAUCGUUUGCCUCACUAUGUGGUAGAUCGCUUGAGUAAGAAACGUGAGGCCUUGCAGAGGCUUUUGAAGACCUCCAAUGCGGUGGUGAUUGGCUUUGAUCCUUGCUCCAUGGCCAGAGCCUGUGAAAACGGCGGCCUCUGCACCUCAGAGAGACGUUUGCAUGACACUCAAUCUUUGAAUAUAGUGGACAGUGAGUCGUUGAUUUUUAGUGGUCCCUUGGUGAGUCAUGACUUUAUGUGCAAAUGCCCCGAUGGCUUUAUGGGCCAGCAGUGUGACAAACGUCAGGACCCCUGUGCUCCAAAUCCCUGCCAUGGUAAUUCGCAAUGUCGCCGCAUGGGCUUUGACUUUCAGUGUGUAUGCCCCAGCAAUCGUGAAGGUCGUUUCUGCCAACAAGAACGAGGUGAUGUUUGUUCCAGCAAUCCCUGCAGCAAUGGUGGCUCUUGUCGCUCUAGCCCCGAUGGUUCUUCCUUCUUUUGCCUUUGCCGUCCUGGCUAUCGUGGCAAUCAAUGUGAGCAUGUGGCUGAUUCAUGUCGCCCCAAUCCCUGCCUUUAUGGGGGAACUUGUGUUGCCCUUAAACCCGGCUAUAAAUGUUCCUGCUCUGAUGGUCGCUAUGGCCGCCAUUGUGAGAAGUCCACCUAUGGCUUUGGUGACCUGUCGUAUAUGACCUUUCCCUCUUUGGAUGCUGCCACAAAUGAUAUUUCCAUUGUGUUUGCCACCACAAAACCGGAUGCUUUGCUUCUCUACAACUAUGGCAUUCAAUCUGGGGGGAGGUCAGAUUUUGUGGCCAUCGAAGUGGUGAGAGGAAAGGCUUUCUUCUCGUUUGGUGGUGUUCGUACUGCCAUAACCACUGUGGUGGUGGGUGGGGGUAGCAAUUUGGCCAAUGGUGAAUGGCAUAGAGUGACAGCAACCCGCAACGGGAGAGUGAUGUCUUUGAGUGUGGCCAAAUGUACGGAGAAUGGAGAUGCAUGUGACGAAUGUCGACCAGGAGAUGCCACAUGUUAUGCCGAUGAUGUUGGGCCCAUAGGAACGUUGAACUUCAACAAACAACCUUUGCUGGUUGGUGGUCUGAUAUCAGCGGAUCCUGUUUUGGAGCGCCCUGGCCAAAUACACACCGACGAUUUGGUGGGCUGUGUCCACAGUGUUUCGAUAAAUGGCCGGGCCCUUAACCUCAGCCAACCGUUGAAGCAGAGAGGUGUAUCUGCCAACUGCCAACGUCACUUGGGCGCUGAGGGUCAGUGUUCCAAAACAACAUACCAGGAUGCAGAAAACUCCCAAUGUGGCCCACUGGGUAUUUGUUUGGAUCGUUGGGAUUCGCCAAUGUGUCAAUGUGGAGGCGAUCUAUUGUCUCCCGACUGCCAGAACUCCUUGGAACCCAUUAGCAUUACAGAGGGUGGCUAUGUAGAGUUUCAGAUCUCGGAAAAACAUCGACGUAUGCAACUACUGGAUAAUCUCUAUGCUGGCAACAGCAUAUGGUCAUAUGAUGUUUCCAGACAACGCAGAUUUACCAUCGAUCGCACCAACUUUACCGCUCUGGCGCAAAUCAACGAAAUGCCCAAGACCAUCAGCCUGCUCUUCCGCACCUUUAAAGAGGCCGGCCUUCUACUAUUCGCGGGCAGUAAUAAUCAGUACACCUCAUUGGAGUUGCAAAAUGGCAAGAUGGUCUACUACUCAAAUCAGGAAAGCAUUGUCAACAUGACCAUCAGCAAUCCCGGCAAAUUGAAUGAUGGCAAAUGGCAUAACAUUACGCUGUACACAGCAAAUCGUAUACUGCGCAUCAUUAUAGACGGUGCCCGAGUUGGCGAGGAAUUGGAUUUUGCCGGAGUUCAUGAUUACUUGGAUCCCUAUUUGACGGUGCUUUCGGUGGGAGGUGUCCGCAGAGAGUAUCUACUGCCCGAACACAUAGCCACUGUCUAUGAAGGUUGCCUGGCCAAUUUUACCAUUAACAAUGAAAUUCAGCCUUUUAAUGGCUCUGGCAGUGUCUUUGGCAAUACAGCCCUGCAUGGCAAAGUAGCACAGGGUUGUGUGGGCGUUAUGGGCAUUGGAGCUGCCCAGGUUGCCGAUCCCAUCAGCAUUGGUGUCACCUUGGUCAUAGUGUUCUUUGUCAUACUCGUGGUAGCCAUUUUGGGUUCCUAUGUCAUUUACCGAUUCCGCGGCAAACAGGAGAAAAUUGGCAGCUUGAGUUGCGGUGUUCCCGGUUUUAAGAUCAAACACAAUUCUGCCUCCACCAUGUUGGGUGGCUCAGGGGCAUCACAAAAUCAAGCAGAUCAUGUUCUAACACGUGGCAUGCAUUCCGAGGCCCAGGUGGGCUAUCACAAUGAUGGCGGGGAUUUGAUACGUGGCGUCCCUGGUCAUCACAUGGUGGGUCCAGAGCUGAUAUCCAAGAAAUUCAAGGAACGUGAAAUAAAUCCCGGCGAUCAUCAACAGCAAAGACCUCAGCGGCCGGAUAUUAUCGAAAGAGAGGUGGUUAGCAAAAGUCCCAUGAGGGACGAACACCAUCCGCCCAUACCGCCACCUAGUCAAACUCAUCAUCCCCACGAUCAUGUGGGUUCGGUGGAUAUGAGUUCAGAAUAUUUGGAGCAUUAUGAUUUGGAAAAUGCCAGCUCUAUUGCUCCCUCUGACAUAGACAUUGUUUAUCACUACAAGGGCUACCGUGAAGCUGGAGGGGUGCGUAAAUAUAAGGCCACCCCAGCACCGGUGGCCAGUUAUACCCACCACAAACAUCAAUCGGCAGCACAACAGCAGCAACAUCGCCAUUCUCCGCGACAUGGGGUGGGCGGGCCAUUUGCCCCGCGAGGUGUGCCACCACAGGCAGCACAGCCUCCGCCACCUUCUAGUACCCCCAGGCAACACCAAAGCACUCCCUUGGCUCGCCUCUCGCCAAGUUCUGAAUUGAGUUCUCAACAACCCAGAAUCUUAACGCUGCAUGAUAUUUCGGGCAAACCUUUGCAGAGUGCUCUUCUUGCAACCACUUCCAGUUCGGGAGGUGUGGGCAAGGAUGCCUUGCAUAGCAACAGUGAGCGCAGCCUAAACAGUCCGGUAAUGUCCCAAUUAUCGGGUCAAAGUUCCAGUGCUAGUCGCCAAAAACCAGUGGUGUCACAACAAACCGCCUCCCAAACCUCCAUGGGCUUGACAGCCGAAGAAAUUGAAAGACUAAAUGGCAGACCGCGCACCUCCAGCCUAGUAUCCACCUUGGAUGCUGUAUCUUCAAGUAGUGAAGCGCCUCGAGGACCAGUCGGUGCUCAUCAUUUAUCUUUGGGUGGUGGUUUACACAGCACCGAUGUGGAUGCCCACAGCUCUACCUCUACCGAUGAAAGUGGCAAUGACAGUUUCACCUGCUCCGAGAUUGAAUAUGACAAUAACAGCAUUAAUGGAGAUGCCAAAUACUCGACCAGCAAGAGUAUAUCCGAUGAACGUAAUCCUGUUAGCCGUGCCAUGAGCGGUGAUAGCAGUGGGCGGGGACCAGCUGUAAGUAAACCUCCUCCCAUGCCACCACAUUCUUUCGACGGGUUUGAUUCGUCCUUUCGUGGUUCACUCAGCACUUUAGUGGCCAGCGAUGAUGAUAUGUCCACGCAUAUGGGUGCCCUAUAUCGGCAGGCUAAUAAUGCGGCAUCACCUUCGGCUCCACCACCCAUUGGUUGGGAGUAUUUACUUAACUGGGGACCAAAUAUACAAAGUAUUGUAGGUGUAUUCAAGGAUAUGGCCGAAAUGCCUGACUCGGGGAGAAAUGAUCAAAGGCCAACGGGUUCGCUGCGCAUGCAACAGCAGCAACAACAAAAACAGUCUGAAGAAUAUGUAUAGAAGAUGAGGGAGUAUAAGUUUUAGAUAGAAACACAGGAAGGAUACUAGACAGUUAUAUGUAAAUGGUAGAGUUAAGAAAACACAUCGAAAACUUUGAAAAUAAGUCAAUGAGAGUUGGUGAGACUAUUGGUGAGAGACAAUUAAAUACUUAUGGAAAAGUUAGGAACAACGGGACUGUUAGAAAAACAAACUGUGGUCAGAAACUGCAAAGUCGGAGUUAUUGAGAGGUUCAGCCAGAAUUUGCAAGAAAAAUAUUCCCCAGGUUAGGUUAAGUUAGAUUGAACGGCAAGCGACAAUAAACAGUGCUUGCUAGCAUAUUUCGUCGUAAACCUUAGGUAUUUUGGGUUAGCCUUAGCCGAAAGAAGGGGAGAAAAAAGAAGCCGAAAAAUUCAUAGACAAAAAUCAUGAGACAAAAAUCAAGCGAACCAGGGGGACCAGAGAGAAGCCCUUAUAGGCGAGAGCUUCGUAUAGUCAACCACUUCAGACUUCUACAGUAGUCCAGAAUUGUAAGAAUUCUAAAUGUCUGGAGGGAAUCCAGGCACGGAACAAGUUCUUCACUCAUAAUCGCAUGUCUUCUUCUCGCAUGAGUGGCAAUGACAAUAAAUGUGCUCGUCAAACUCCACUUGCCACCACAGACCCUAUGAAAGUCGACCAGAGUGACUUCCAAGACUUGACGUUCCUAAAAGAUGUUAGAACUGCCAUAAGAAGUCUGAGGUUAUGCUUACUCAGAAAAACUAAGGUCCUUUUCUGUGAAACACUCGGCCAUAGGGCCUUGGAUACCCUGCAAGUGGCGGUGUUAGCUCCGCUUCAAUUGGGAGGGUAAAAUAAGGACGACCAUGGGCAGCCUAAGGUGUUCCCUACACAGCACCAGGAUAGUUGACGUUCUGUUUCGCAAAAUCACGGCUUCAACCAACGCACAGUGGGAGAAAUUCGAAAAAAAACACUAGUAAGAAAUUUGGAGUGAGAGAACGGGUAGAGAUAUCAGUUUGAAAUUUGAAAUGAUUAGAGCUGAGGUGCUAAGGAGAUCGUGUGCAAAGGCCCUGGUGCCUUUCAACAGACUCCUAAAGUUUAAGAAGCGAAUUUUGUAUGUAGCACUAUCAACCCAAAAAAAGUUGGACCACAAACGAAGAUUUGGCAGCCUCAAUAAAUUUUCGAAACACCGAGUUGACCAACUUUAAGAGCCUGCCAAAAGGCGCCCGGACAACCUAGAGCCUUAUUAUUGCAAAAUUCAAAGAGAUAUCUCCACCCGUACUCACGCGGCAUAUUUCUACUACUUUUUUUUUGGGUUCUUUCCCACUGUAAAACGCCUCAAUUUCCCAACAAUCACGAACAUCGGAGGGUUGACUGAUUUUGUAGCACCAUAGGUGUUCAAUAGCGAUCGACUCAUAGCUAAAUCUUCACUACUUCGGUCCUCGUCACUUCUUCAUGGCCGGAAAUACAGCAGAGACUGACAGCCUAGCCCAUAUAUCAAAGAAAUUCCUUGCAUCUUGCAUUAACCAUAACCAUGACCUUGCAUUUAACCAUAGU